UUGUGGGUUGUGGGUUCGAGUAAGGCAUUGUCUAUUUUGUUUUCCCUCUCAAAACCUGUCUAUUGUCUUCAGAUGGAAAACUAAAGAAGCGUAUGCGUAUCCAUCCAUCUGAUAUCACCAUGAACAUUGGGAAAGGUGUUCCUGUUCCAGAAUGUCCAAUCGAAACCUUGAUGGAAAGACGUAAAGCAUGACAACACAACACCGUCACUUGGCUAGCUUUCUGGAAUAAUCCUAUCAACCCAAAAGAGUUCAACUAUGUAUUUUUGGCAGCUGGCAGUGCCUUGAAAGGUCAGAGUGACAAGGAGAAGUAUGAGAAAGCCAAAAAUCUUACGAACAACAUAGACAAUAUAAGAGCAACUUUCACCAAAACUUUUACAUCUAAGGAUGUUACAAAGAAGCAAAUUGCUGUCACUACUUAUCUCAUUGAUAAACUGGCGGUUAGGACUGGAAAUGAGAAGGAUCAUGAAGAGUGUGUUGCCUCCCAACGGAAUGAUCGGUAAAGAUGCUAAAGAUACAGUCCAGGAAUGCGUCUCCGAGUACAUCAGCUUCAUUACCAGGGAGCAUAGCCAGAGACAAGUGCCAGAAAGAGAAAUGGAAAACUGUGAAUGGUGAGGAUUUGUUGCGGGCAAUGUCAACAUUAGAUUUCGAGAAUUACUUGGAACCCCUUAAAGCUGUACCAUGCGAGGUACAUGGAGGUAGGUUACAUUUACUCUUAACCCCUUUAUUUUUUACAGAGCCUAUUAUAGUUCCACAGAUUAGUAAGUUACUCGCCAAUGGAGAUACUAGCAACAUUUUUCUAUGUGUUUUGUUGUUGGCAAUCUGCUGUCAACAGAUAAAGUUCAUGAAGCAUAACGUCGAUGCAGUCUCUUUGCAAUGGUGUGAUGCCUUCAAGCAAAAGCAAAAAGCCAGUCAGCAGAACAUUUAUUUUGAGAAAGCCAGAGGAGGUGAUGGGUUUUUAUCAGAGGAAGAGAUAAGGGCUACAAGUAAUAAAACGCUUGAGAACGAAGAUAUACAGCAGUUGAUGAGGUGGUUGUUCUUAGCGUGUCUUCACUGUCCAUGUAGAGGCUGUGAAGCAAAGUGAAGAAACAUCUAUCUAUAAUGAAGGUGUGACGUCAUUCAAAACUAAUUUUCCUUUAAAGGUGUGUGGCUGGAGACAUCAAUCCCUUACAAGUAGUGGGUUGUUUCUCAAAGGUCAAAAAUACUCAGCUCAGAGCGGUACCACCUCCAUCAUCAUUUUCAACGGUUAUUCCGGAGAACUAAAAACACAAAUUUUGAGUAUUUGUAUUCACUUUAUCUGAUUUGUUAUGAAUCGAAUCAGUGGUAAAAGUUCAGAGUUUCUUACUCCAUUUUCAAAUGUUUAUGUGAAUGAUUCAAACCUUUCAUUUAGUUAAUAUCAUUUCUUUAACUUUAUGCUAUGUAAUUAAGGUGUUGGUCAUUUAGGCCACCCACGUUUGUCUCACUUUAGCUUUUGGCGAUUAGUCAAUCCUUUGAUGUUUUUCCUAUUAAUUGUGAUUGGUUUCUAAAGCAAAGUUCGUCAUCUUUCUACCAUACAAAUCUUCGAAAUCAAUGACCACAACAAAAGAAAAAAUCACAAACACGGCUUACAUACAUUCAUUUAGAUAGAGUAACGGUG